CACCCUCCACCAAAUUUACAUUCUUCAAAAACCUUUCAGGAACAAAAAUUUCACCAUCAAUCCAAUCAUUUUUUGUUGAUAUUUAUUUUCUGGCAAGAUAAUAAAAAUGCUUAUUCCUCUUUCCAUAGAUAUCCACCAACUUCUAAAGGUUCAGAAUUCGAUCGUGGCGAUAACGGAACUGGCGUGGUUAAGCGAA